AAUGAGAAAAUCUACCAAAUCUUGUGUACAGUACAACAGUGCCGGCAGUGCCGUACUCGUACACUGUACAGUGUAGUUAGUACCAUCCGCUUCAUAACAAGUGGAGACCUGUAAAUACUACUUUGCGUAUACUGAUCCCAUGACGCAGCGUAUCUGUACGGAAUGACGCUAAAAUGGAAGACGAACCCAAUCUGCGUAGGCUAGUUAUGAAAAAAUCAGCAGUUGUGAAGAGUGGUAAUCCCCCCCUAAUCUCCUCAUACACUCCAUACACCAUCAAAUCAAAUCAAAAUCUAGAUACAUACAAUUACAAAUCAGGUGGAAACGGAAAAUAUGAUAAUGUAGAAGAGCUAGGUCCAGAUUUCUCUAAACUAUCCAAGGAACUGAACAGGGUUGUUCUUAAGAUACAACACCAAGCUGAGGUGUCUCCAGACUGCCCGAUGCACAACCAUGAUACUUCAGACUCAAGGAGAGGGAGCAGGGUACUGGAUACAGGACAGGUUAAGAUGAGAAACAAGGAUCAAGAUUAUUAUCAAGAACAUCGCCAGAGUUUAAGUGUAGGGGAUCGAUUAAACUCAGGGUCAGGAUCAGGAUCAGGUUUAGGAUCAGGAUCAGGAUCAAGAAUGGGAUCAAGAGAAACUCUUUUAUCAAACAGAGGUUCGAUGCAUGAAUCCCAGUAUCAGAGUCUUCCUAGAGCACUGAAUAAGGAUCCUAGCUCUAAACUGGACCGGAGACAAUCCUUCCAAGAUUAUAAAACCUUCAGAGAUAAAUUCGUCGGCAAAGUCGAAUUCAAGGAUACUUUAAGGAGAACUGAAGAGCCUAAACGCCCGGAGAGAGAUCGAACCCGUCGAGGCCGUCAUUACAGUGAGGCUGGAUAUCUGGUCUCUGACCGAGGUCGAGGGCGGGACCAUGUUUCCAGGGAGGCUCGGGACGGGGGCGGAUACCUCAUCGAAUCAGAUUUCGAUUUCCGAAGUCCGCCAUCAACCAGAGAUAAUUCAAGAGAUCGGAAACCUCGGCUGGAUCUUGAGGAUUCGAUUCGCCGGCCGAAUCGUCGACCUCAAGAUCAUAAUCAUGUGACACGGAGGACAGAGGAGGUGUAUGCAUAUCCGCGUAGAGGACAGGAGGAUGUUUACGCUUCCCCACGUAGAAAGGAAUUGAGGAUUGCUGUGGGAGAAACUUCGAAAAGAUUGAGUUCAGAUCUAAGAGGAUACGCCAGGUGGAAAUGGGGGGAUUUUGGAUGAAUGAAUUGCGCCAGG